UAUUUUUGCUACCCUAUUCUUGUUCUUCUUUGAUAAGUAAGUUCAUGAAGUUAACAGUUUCAAGGACAGUAAAUUAUAGCAGCGCAAAGUGAUAUCAAUUCAGCAGAGCCAAUCUCAAGCUAUACGAGUACUUUUCUGAUCGUUUCUGUUGCUGCGCUAUCCACACAAAGCGAAUAAACGGGCUUGAGCUGAGCCGACAGAUAACACACAAAGCACACGCUGAAGGGCAAAAUGAAUUUACGAGCAGGGCUCACCGGCAGUUACCGCUUGGCAUUCAAUUUGAAAGCAUUCACUGCAAUAUAUUGGAACCAGUUUGCGCGUAUUAAUAGCUUAACAAGUUCGCAAUGUCGGCGCUAGUUGUUAAACUGUUCAUUAUUCUUGUAUUAUUCGCAACUACUUUAAUUUGUUGUGAUGCCACGCAACCAGCAGAAAGUGUCCGAAAUAAACGUGUAAAGCGCAUUGUUGGCGGUCGUCAUUCGAAGGCGCCACCACCGGACGAUCCGGUCGUAUUUACGCGCGCCUUCAAUCGUGAUGCGCGCGUCGAAGGUUUUCGCAAUCCCGAAACUGGCGUUUAUUCCUUCCUCGGUCUGUAUUACGCCGAACCACCAAUUGAACGUUUGCGUUUUGCGCGCCCGGUUUACAAGCGUAUGGCCGGCGAUAUUAAUGCCACACAAUAUGGUCCACCGUGUAUCCAACCCUAUGCAUAUAAUAAACGUCGCAUAGUGGGUAGUGAAGAUUGUUUGCUGCUGAAUGUUUAUACACCACAUAUGCCCGAUGAAACGACUGGACUGCCGGUUUAUGUCUGGUUACAUCCGGGUGGUUUUCGUUUUGGUUCUGCGGCGCAAUAUGAUGCCACGCCUAUGGCACGUCAGGGUGUUAUAGUCGUAGCGCCACAAUAUCGUCUCGGUUCGUUGGGUAUUAUGGGUGAUGGCACUAAGGAGUUCGAUGGCAAUUUGGCGAUCUUCGAUAUGGCUACAGCUAUGCGUUGGGUUAACGAUUAUAUACAAUACUUCGGCGGUGAUCCAAGUAGAGUUAAAGCUAUUGGUCACGGUUCGGGCGCAGCGUCUGCAAUGUUCUUAUCGAUGUCGCCCUCGGCACGCAGUGCAACUGAUAUAUCGGGUGUGGUCGCGAUGUCGGGUACAGCGUUAUCGCAGUAUGCAACCGAUAAAGAACCGCUGCAAAGUGUGGAGGAAGUGGCGAGAAUUAAUGGUUGUCCGACAAAGAAUGAACUGACGAUCGUGCAGUGCAUGAGAGAGAAAUCAGCCGAGGAUAUUAUACAGAAUGACUCGAAAAUCCAAACGGAACGUCUCGCCGGACGCGCAAUUGUCAAAAGUCUCUCGGGCAGUGUCGGUUUCACGCCACAUAUCGAAGAUAAAAACGAUGGACGUUCUCUACCGAGCUUGAUUGAGGGAGAACCGGAGGAACAGCUACGCGGUGGCAAAUUCACGCCUAUACCGUUAUUAACAGGUGUCACAAAACAUGAAACCGCUAAUGCUCUUCGCAUUGGCACACUUAAUCGUAUCUUUGGUUCGGCACAAAAAUUUCUAACUUCACUAUCCGGUACUUUGAAAGAUUUAGCAGGUUUUUUGCGCAUUGAUCAAGUGACCGGAGAUAUACUCCAACCGGUGCUACCCGGUCUAACGGAGGCAUUGACGCCAACACUAAACGAUUUGCUUAAGGUGCCUGAGUCUUUUAGUCUGGAUGAAGUGAUGACGAAGAUCAUUGACACCAGCACCGAUAUAAUUUUCAAUCUGCCGGCUGUUUUAACUUUACAAGUGUGGUCUGAGAUUGCACCCUCAUUUAUGUAUAGUUUCGAAUACAAUGGCACGCGCUCCAAGGGUAUACAUUUUUUGCGUGGUCUGCCGAUCGUUUCCGAGUACGCGGGUAAUAGAAACUCAGAGAUGGUGGCGCAUGGCGAUGAACUCGGCUAUAUGUUCGAUGCAAAUGAUCUCUUUGGUAAUCCCAUACCGGAAGCACAGCUUAUGGAUCCGGAAGAUUUGAGAGUGCGUCAAAACAUGAUCGGUAUGUUGGUGCAGUUCGCGAAAUCAUUUGGUAAGGAUAGUACGAAAGAGUCUACCGAUGAUGCACUCUUUAAGAGCGUAGCUGGCAAAGAGGUGCCCUUCAUUAAGGUGGAUACUGACAUUAAUGCCGACAGCGAUUUCCGGUUUUGUGAGCUCUCGGUGUUGGGUGCUUCACUCACGCCGUUGACCUCUACCACUUGUCAAGGAUUGAGUAAUUUACGCAGUUUGUUGACACCUUUGCAGGUUGGUAACUGGCUUGAUGCUGGUGCUGGUAUACUUGGUAAUCGCAGACCAAGCGGUCAGUCAAAUAUUGGUGGUCCACUGAUUGAUGCUAAUCAAUUAUUUGGUUGAAAAGUCAAUAUAUUAAAUAUUCGUGUCGGCAUAUUAGAAAUAUAUCAAAAAUAUAAGUAAGGUUCUUCCGAUUUUUUAUAAUAAAUAAAUACAUAUAUUUUUUAGAUUA